ACGUUUUCUGUUUUCCGUUUCCCCGUCUCUGUUUAUCUAUGUCUUUCCUAAAAGAGCAUCUCGAUGGACGGUGGUUCUUACCAUUCCUAGCUCCUCGCAGCAAGCAGCCCGAUCCGUCUCAAAUCCUAUCCUAAUUCCAUUUCCGUAUUAUCUCCAUGCUGACAGUAGAAAUAUAGUGGAGAUAAUUCCUAAGCAAUUAGCAAGUGCGCCGAGGACGACCCCCCCCCGUCCCGGUGGAAGAUGGCAGGACAUCCCCGCAUCAGCGACAAAUAUCAUUAUCUUAAUCCAAACUUAAAAACCAAUUCACAUACCAUCUUGCUUGUACAAGUUCAGUCAAGCCCCGACACUCGAACCUAUUCAGAUUAUGAUAGUCUUGGUGAAUGUCUAGAAGGUGUUUGUAAAAUUUACGAAGAGCAUUUGAAGCGGAAAAACCCUAACUCUCCGACUGUGAUUUAUGAUAUUAACCAAUUGUUUGACUUCAUCGAUCGCUUGAACGACAUCAGCUGCCUGGUAUUUCAGAAAAGCACAAAAACCUACAUCCCUCACAAUCAAAGUUGGUUAAAAGAGCGUAUCUAUCAUAUGUUGAGAAAACAAGCAGGAAAAUAAGAAAAAGUGGACGUAUAUAGACGGCUGGAUAGAGAUCAGAGAAAAAAAGGAAUUGUUUGUUCUCGUGCACAUGCCGCUUGCUUUGGCAGGACACCGAUAUUUAUGCAGUGGUGACUUCAGUAUUAUUAUUAUUGCAGCACAGAAUUCUGCACUGAGCUUUCUUCUUUCAUUCCAAUAUUGUGAUAUACAGACAAAACAUUUUAUCAUGAAAUUUAUAAACCGUUUCUGAAGUUUAAAAAAAAAACCCAAAAAAGAAAACCAAAUGCUUGCAGCAGAAGUCAGUAUUAUAUUUUAAAAAUAAUUCAGUUUCUGACUUGAAAUUAUUGAAUCUCUGUCAAAAUCUUGCCGAGGUUGACUUAGCCUUUUCUUGUCAGAGGAUUGAUUGGAUAAUUAGCAAUUGUACUGGACUCAGUUUGACUCUACUUAUUGCAUAUACGCCACUGUGGUAGGUUGGGGUCACGUGCCACUGCAUGAGAUUACUAUAUUACUAGUAUUAUUAUUAUAAUUAUUAUUAUCUGUCUUUGGUAUAGAAACCAUAUAUCAUUAGCACUCCAGAAAUUUCGGGUAAAAAAACCCCAUCACCAAUAGAAAUAAACAUUAUUGAUAGUGACCACAGCACCAAUACAGCCACAGUUGCCACAAAUAAAUGUGUGACCGAUAAGAUUGCUUGAACCGUCGCUCUCCGACUGACCGCUACCAACAUAACAACAACAACAAUUAUCAUCAGCAAGAGUUUAAACAGCUUUACCAAGCAGCAUCCAUUGCUUUGUGUAAAAGAAAAGGAAUCUGCUUUCGUAUUCGCGCCAUGGAAAAACAGGUGGUGAAGGUAAAGGUGAUGCAUGUGCCACCAGAAAUUGAAAUCUUGUGGUUAGUGGCGGCAGUGUUGCCCGAAGGAGGGGAGAUUCUGGAAUUGAAUCGAUACCCUCGAACAAUCUGGGGGUUUGGUAUGGAACUCCAUAUGAGGAUCACGCAGGAAGAACUAGAAAACCUUCCCGAGCGGAUAAUUCUGUCAACUGGACCCGAAUUAGAUGUUGAAGUGGAAGUAAUAUUUCCGAAGGUUCAGAAUGGCGGGUAAUGUCAGUUUUAAAGGAGCGCAUAGCCUGCAGCUAAAAAGAAAGAAAGAGAGAGAGAGAGAGAGAGAGAGAGAGAGAGAGAGAGAGAGAGAGAGAAUGAAAGCCCAUGUUGGCUGUCGGCACCAACUACAACAAUAAAUUCAACAACAACUGUUAACUAAACCAUAGCUGGAAUACCUUUAAAAGGAUUUAACCAUCAUAGACCCAAGAAACCUUACUGGUAUGUCCUCUCCCUUAAAACUGCUCCAGCAUGAACAUUACACACACACAAAAACACAUGUAUAUUUUUACUUAACUCCAACAUCUUACCAACCCCCCACGCCACCCCCUCCAAAGGUGUCGGAGGGGGUGGAGUGGUGGGGUUGUAGAUCACAGUGUCCUCAUGACCUGCAAAACUUGUCUUGUGGUGGGAGGGAGAGCGAGAGGGAGAGGAACCAAGGAACCUACCAACAGCUACCCACUAUCACAAUUACAAUUACAAAACAUUAUUUACAUUAUUUACAUUUGACGGAUAUUUGUCCUCAUCUUGUUUGUCAAAUGUAAAUAGUGUAAAUAAUGUAAAUAAUGUACAUAAUUCCUCAUCUCUUAAAUAUAGAACCUAAAUUACAAAAGCCCAAACGAAAAUCACAACAGGUUAGUGUGGCCUAGUGUUAUGAGCCCUCACUGAACAUUUGGCCGUUUGAUGGACAGAAACGGCAACUGAAAAAAGGGGCAUUUGCCUUUGAUAAUUGGUAGGAAUUCUUAGACCAGUAGAAUUCCUUGGUUGGUCACAGUUGCCAUGGAGACAACCAUUGUUUGUAUAUUGCAUGUUAUUUCAUCAGGUCCCUGCCUCUCAUUCCAUGUAAAACCCUGUUGUUUUCUCAUCCGUUUUUGUAAUGUACCCCCAUUCAUCAUCCUUGUCUGAAUAAAGGAAUUGUUAUUAUUA